GGUGGGGUGAGAGGCACGGGAGAAAGGUUCGGGAAAUUGGGAAGGUGAGAAGUUUUGGGUAAAGGCUGGAGACAGCCUUGAGCAGGGAGGGGGACGUAAGUGCAAGUAUGGACAGAGGCCGGUGGGCUCACAUUGCAAGGUAGAGCAAACGCAGGAGGAGAUUGGGGUGGGAUGAGGGUGCUCCGAAACAACUGGGCUGUAAGCCCCUGCAGAGCGCUGACCACGCCCCUCUAGGUGAGCUAGCCCAGGUACCUCUGACAGGUUCUGCCCAGCCCUCCAUCUCCCUAUCUCAUUUCACCAAUAACCCCUGAUCCCCACCUCCGAUAGGACCGGGGAAAGGUAGAAAAAGGUAGGGGAUGUUACCCCCAUCCUAUUCCCCGCCGCGCUGCAAGGUUGUUUGCAUGCAGCUCCCAGGUGGUCACGCUCCCUGCACCUGCAGAGCUAGCUCCCAGAAACGUGAAGAACGGAAAGGAGCCAGUUUCCUCCGCCUCCCUGGGUUCUCUUGAGGCCACUCCACAGUCCUGUUAAGACUGCCUCACCCCUGGCGAAAGUAAGAUCUCCGAUAGCUUCCCUUUCCCCACUCUCCAAACAGGUUGGUCCUGCUGGGGUGGAGGAUGGUUAAGUACAGAGUGAAUCUGACACACUAGAGGGUUACGGGGGAAAGGCCAGGGACCUAGCAUCUACUGCUGCACCCCUUUUCUCUCCAACCACUUUCCCUCCCUUCCCCAACUGGGAAACCGGCUUCACCCUGAUCCUCGUGUCUGCCCCUCUGCGGGUGGCUGGCUAUCCUUGACCACUUCUGUUUCAGCUGGUCCUAAGAUUGCUGCUGGAGUGCUGGAUGGAGCCUUUCUCUGUCCUCUGUGACAUUUCCAAUUUUAUAUAAUGCCUCACAUCUCUGCUCCCCCGGGACCCCGUGGAGUCCCCGUGACCCUGAAGAAGACAGCUUGAACCUAGACUACACCCCAGGAUGCUGCGGAGGCUGCUGGAGCGACCCUGCACUCUGGCCCUGCUUGUGGGCUCCCAGCUGGCUGUCAUGAUGUACCUGUCGCUGGGGGGCUUCCGAAGCCUCAGCGCUCUAUUUGGCCGAGAGCAGGAGCCGACAUUUGACUACUCUCAUCCCCAUGAUGUCUACAGUAACCUCAGUCACCUGCCUGGGGCCCCUGUUGCCCCAGGGGGCCCCCCAGCUCCUCAAGUUCUGCCCUACUGUCCAGAACGAUCUCCUCUCUUAGUGGGUCCCGUGUCCGUGUCCUUUAGCCCAGUGCCGUCACUGGCAGAGAUUGUGGAGAGGAAUCCCCGGGUGGAACCGGGGGGCCGGUACCGCCCUGCAGGGUGUGAGCCCCGGUCCCGAACAGCCAUCAUUGUGCCCCAUCGUGCCCGGGAGCACCACCUGCGCCUGCUGCUCUACCACCUGCACCCGUUCCUGCAACGCCAGCAGCUUGCUUAUGGCAUCUAUGUCAUCCACCAGGCUGGAAAUGGAACAUUUAACAGGGCAAAGCUGCUGAAUGUUGGGGUGCGGGAGGCCCUGCGUGAUGAAGAAUGGGACUGCUUGUUCUUGCAUGAUGUGGACCUCUUGCCAGAGAACGACCACAAUCUGUAUGUGUGUGACCCCCGAGGACCCCGGCAUGUUGCUGUUGCCAUGAACAAGUUUGGAUACAGCCUCCCGUACCCCCAGUACUUUGGAGGGGUCUCGGCGCUCACUCCUGACCAGUAUCUGAAGAUGAAUGGCUUCCCCAAUGAAUACUGGGGCUGGGGUGGUGAGGAUGAUGACAUUGCUACCAGGGUACGCCUGGCUGGGAUGAAGAUCUCUCGGCCCCCCACAUCUGUGGGACACUAUAAGAUGGUGAAGCACCGAGGAGAUAAGGGCAACGAGGAAAAUCCACACAGAUUUGACCUCCUGGUCCGAACCCGGAAUUCCUGGACUCAAGAUGGGAUGAACUCACUGACAUACCGACUGCUGGCUCGAGAGCUGGGCCCUCUCUAUACCAACAUCACAGCAGACAUUGGAACUGACCCUCGGGGUCCUCAGACUCCCUCUGGUCCCCGUUACCCACCUGGUUCCUCCCAGGCUUUCCGUCAGGAGAUGCUGCAGCGCCGGCCCCCAGCCAGGCCCGACCCUCUGCCUGCUGCCAACCACACAGCUCCCCAUGGUUCACACUGACUCCUCCUUAAUCAUGAAACUGAAUCAGAAGAGUUGUGUUCUCCCCACCCUCAGCUCCUCACUGCUCUUAGAGGGGAUGUGGGGGAAAUGAACUCUACUGCCGUGCUGGGGGCAGGGGCCUCUCCUCACUGCUGGACUGGAGCUGGGCUCCUCUAGCCCUGGGGGUCCCUCUUUCUAGGGUCGCCAGCCAGGGCUUAUGACUGUGAAUCCUUGAUGUCAUGAUUUUCUGUGAUGACUCCUAGGAGUCCCCUGCCCAUGGGGUAAGAGCAGGGCUGGACCCCAAAUCCCUUCCUCUUCCAUGGAGAGAAGAGUGUUCUGACUUCUCCCGGGACCUCUGUGAAUAUUUAUUCUAUUUAUGGUUCCCAGGAAAUGUGUUUGAAGGAAGCCCCUCCCAGGGUACUUUCUGCCAGUGCUGGAGCAGCUCCCUCUUCUGGACCUUGCUCAGGGGGCUGGGAUUUUGAUAUAUUUUCUAAUAAAGGACUUUGUCUUGCCUCUG